CGUGAGGUGACAGCUGGAGGGGGCGGAGCUUCGCACCGGAAGUGCCCAGCCACCGCGUGGCUAGUCUGUCAGAUGUAAACAAAAGCCCGGUUCUUUAGAUUGAGCCUGAAAUGGCACACGACGGCGACGGAAUACCGUGUGCCAACCGAGCGUUGUCGAUGUGUGUGAAGUCCACGUACACAUUUCAGUCGCUGUCACUCUGUGUUGUCGAGGAAAAAGUACAAUAAACCAGGUGUGAGUAACAACGAUGCUAACUUGCGGAUGCUUCUGCCGGGGACGCCCUUUUACAGAGAGGGUUUUUAUACCUGCCCCCCACUUCCUUCUUAAUCAACAACAACCCUUUUUAAAAAGUUUCUUCAUUUAAUCCGUUGGCGUAAGGCGUUGGGGUGAUGGGGAGCUGUUUUCAGCCCCAUUGGCCUCGUUAGAAUUGGAGGGAACAGAAACAUAACUGACCUUUGGACAGUCACAUGCUUAUGUCUAAACACACAAAAAGGUAUGACCUCUGCUCCGUGGUUGCUCCACUAAAACGGAAAGAUGAAGUUUUGGGAUCUUUUUGGACGCUUAAAACCCGUGGUUAUUGGAAUGAUUCAUGUCAAAGCCUUGCCAGGCACCCCACUUGGUUGUAUGAAAAUGACCCAAAUCGUUGAAGAAGCCUGCCGGGAGGCAUCAAUCUACCAUGAUGCAGGGAUUGAUGGUGUGAUCAUUGAGAACAUGCACGACAUCCCUUACUCGUUCUCUGUGGGCCCUGAGGUGUCUGCCUGUAUGACUGCAGUGUGCACUGCUGUGAGAAGCGUCUGUCCGCUCCUGCCGCUCGGAGUGCAAAUACUGUCUUCUGCUAACCAGCAGGCACUGGCCGUAGCGCUGGCUUCAGGUCUGGAUUUCAUCAGGGCGGAGGGUUUUGUCUUUUCGCACGUGGCUGAUGAGGGCCUCCUGAAUGCCUGUGCCGGAGACUUACUGAGGUACCGCAAACAGAUUGGAGCUGAGCACGUGCAGAUCUUCACUGACAUCAAAAAGAAGCACAGCUCCCACGCCCUGACGUCAGACUUGAGCAUUGAAGAGACGGCACGUGCUGCUGAGUUCUUCCUCUCAGACGGACUCGUCAUCACGGGAACGGCCACUGGUGUGGAGGCUGACCCGUGUGAGCUCAGAGAGGUUUCCCAGUCCGUGAGAAUCCCAGUGCUGAUUGGUUCUGGAGUGACCUAUGACAACAUUGAACACUACCUUGGCGCAAAUGGAAUGAUUAUCGGUUCUCAUUUCAAGGAGGGUGGACACUGGGCCAACGCAGUCGACCCGGAGCAAGUUAAGAGGUUCAUGGGAAAGAUACAUGACCUGCGAAAAUAAGAGGGAGGGUUUUCUUUCAUCACCCCAGUGUCUGAUUUAAUUGUCUUGAAGUAUUUACUUCCUGCCUAAAAAGCCCUUAGAUAAAUGAAAAGGGUUUUAAUUUUAUUAAUAAAUUAAUGCUCCCCUUUCAGGUAUUAAAUGUUAUUCUUUGUGUUAAAAAAAAUCACUAAUUUGGAGAACCCUGCAGAAAAUAUCGUACACAAUAAACACAUUAUGCCACCACCUUAAGAAAACAAGAUUUAUUUUAGGAUUUUUUUUUACAUUUUAUAAAUACACACAAAUAGAAAAACAUAAUUUUCAACUGUAUUUACAUUUGUGAGUCAAAAAUAAAAACAAUUUCUGUGAA